AUAAUUCUAUAAACCAGAUGGAAUAUUAGCGUACCGAUGGCUGAUUUCAAAGUUCCAGGCGGGGACUGUAACUCGAUCGCCCUGUGGAAUACGGUGGACAGCGUCAUAAAGAACCUGUACCGACCGUGGUUCAAUGAACCUACCCAUGCAAGCUUAGACGAUGGCCAAGCACGCAUGUGCGACGAUUUACGAGUGGAUUUUUGAAGUUGAACUCUGGACU